UGGAAGCGAUCGGGAAAGGUCGAGCUCUGCCGGGCCAAAGGCGGUCGGGGGGAAAAACCAGCCUUGGCUUGUUUCUGGCGUCACGGGCGCGCCUACUUUUUUUUCCCUUUCUCCUGCUCCACGGAUUAUGUCGACUUGAAUCUUCCCCCCCGUCACUUGGAUACUCACCGAUCGGACGGCUCUAGAUUGUUCAUUCGAUCGUUCUCCGAAAUGCCGUCUGUUGCGGAGGUGGGUUUUUCUUCUUUCCUGUCGCUCUUUUCAACGUUCUUGUGUUCUGUUCUUUACCAUGGGGGUUCUUGAAAAAUGUAUAUCCGACUAAAUUGUACUGUGUUCUAUACAGCGUCCGCGCUCGUCGCAAGAGGCUCUACUUCGACUCGAAAAGGGCUCCGGGUCUCCCUCCGUCCAGCUUAAUGAGGCCGCUCAGAUAAUUGGACUCGACCUGGCCCUGUGUGCCAGUCACCCCGAAAUCAACCGAACCCCUCAUAUCCAGACGAAGGCCGCUCCGAAGGAAGAAUGGGUACUGCGAUGGCUGCUGAAGAAGUUGAAGGCGGGCAAGAACUACCGGGUCGAACCUGCUUCAUUCCUACUCUUGCGACAGCUCAUCGAUCUGAUCCCCCCGAAGACGUUGGCGAUCACGUUGAAGGACCAGAAGUUCUUGGGUAUCCUCAGCCACGCAAUCACCGACCUGGAGGACGACGUUUUUGCCGGACUGGAGAAUGGAACGACGGAAUUUCUUCGCUCGGAUUCGAAUUCGAGUAAGACGCUUAGCGAUUCGACGCAGGACGCGGGGAAGUACGAUAAGAAGGGGACGAAAAGGAAGAGGCCUGGUGAUGGAGAGCCGGACGCCAUGGACAUCGAUGAACAGCCGCAAACGCCGACUUCGUGUUUCUUGACCUUCAUUCGGGCGCUGGAUUGCUUGUACAGCUUGGUCAACCUGACUAGUCGGACGCUGGGGAUUGAGGAAGUGGCCAGCGCUCAUCUUAGACAUGCUCUAAAGGGGGAACCUGAAUCGAUUGCUUUGACACUGGGCAAAUCAUUCAGGGUGGCUGCUGUCGCUACGAACCAGUUCUCUCACGCGCGCAAGACGACCGAUUUGCAACAUCUUCUGUAUGUGCUUCCCGCAGUCCUGGAGCUGUGGGAGCUGAGGUCUUAUCGCCGGAAUGAUACAGACAGUGGGUCGAGCAACGAAUCCUUCGCCAAGGUUUGUUUCCAGAGUGCGUUAAGAUUACAUCUCUGCGUGCGAUCCGUCCGACUAGAUACCGAUGAGAGAGCCCAAGUUCUGCAGGGGGUGGAGCGGUUAAUUGCCCUUCAUGUGGUGCUACCAGCGCGGGCAGCAUUCUACGACCGAGGAGGCUCCGGUAUAGAUUAUUCGGCGAGUGAGCCGGACUGGAGUCCUGUCAAGCCCGUUUCCGACACCUUCAAGCCGAUUCUUUUAGGCACCGACUCCACUGGCGCCACUGGUGAAAGCGCAAACACUACGACGAAGACGCUAUGGAAGACUGCAGAACUGCUACCGGAAUUCUUCGACAUCGCGUCCCGUUCGGUGCCUAGGGACACCUUCCGAAGACAGACGCAUGAGGCUCCAUGGCUGGAGACGCUCUUUGUGGCCGUCGCUGAGCUUGCAUAUUGGAUUGUGAAGGCGGAGGAUGCGGACAUUUACCUUCCAGAAUUCGUCGGCAUCCUUGAAAGUCUGUUCCGCGUGGUCCUUUCGCGGAAUGUGCAGCUGUCUCUCCAUACCUUGCUCACGCAUGCCGUGUACACGGGCCUGCUCAAGGAUGGGCUGGCGCAAGUUGAGUGGAGCCUCACGGCGCUGCUUAUUGAACUGGGAGCCGACAUCUUUCUGCCAAACUCUGGUUUGCCCGAUUCGACCAAGCUUCUUAAAGCGCUACUUGAGAAGAUCCAUCUACACUGGCGAAGUGGAGUGUCGCGCACCCACGAAAGCUAUGGAGUCAUAAAAACCGGCAUCGUGGUUCCUUUGUUACGCGGAUUUGUGGACGCCCGAGAUUUAGCAACUUUCAUGCAGUUAUGGACCGAGCAGCUAAUCAGUAUUGAAGAGGCGCGAUCGCAAGACAGCAACCUCAGUCUUUUCUCCGUCUGGGAGGAUGAUGAUGUUUGCAACAUUUACAGUGAACUGAUGCGCAAUCCUCUAACCCACGCGCAUGCUGCAGUGCAGAUGCACGCCGCGGCCGCGGAAGUCAAGGGCAAUGAUGGGAGAAUCUCGGCUACGCCUUCUGCCUACGCUCAUUUCCUGAUAUUAGAGGCGGGUCUAAGAAGUCGCACAUUGUAUUCUACGGCUUCAAACGAGGAUUUGGAUGUCGUCAUCGAGACGUUGGCCUCUACCUUGCCUUCGAAACAGAGCAUUCAUUGGAGAUGGCGGCUCUGGAGAUUGGUCCGAAACCUCCUCGAAAACAAUGGCCAAUUUGCCGAUGGCAGCCGUGGUGCUACGAUCAUGGGCUUUACGGAUGCGGCCGCAAAGUCCAUCCGACGCCAUCAGAAAGAUUGGGUGAAGAAGCCGUGUGCUCCGCUGGAGUGUUUUGAGGCCUACAGAUUCACCCUUGCCUCGGUCAAAGCAUCUCCCGAAUCUAGCAAUGUCGAUAAGUUUAACACGCUUACAAAGGAUGUUGCAGAUUUCCUUCAAUCGAGCUCCGCAAAGGAUGCUUUGCAGUCGAUGGACUCCCCGUGGGAUGGUCGUGCAGAGACUCUUACUUCUCCCAUAACUCUUGCACUGGCUUACUUCCUGGCUAUCGUCCAGAGUCCGGAAAUUUGGCCUGUCAUCGAUUCGGACACUCGCCGGUCUUUGCUUAAGCAUGUGCUAAUCUUGGCGACAUCACAAUAUAAUUCAUCGUCGUCCAUUUUGGAAACUACCCCGGCCGGAGCACGAUUCCUGCAAGCCUGGGUGAGCGUUGUUUGCCACGAGUAUCUCUUCAACGCUCCCAUAAUUGUCGCAGACUUGAUACACGUGCUCACGGGACCCGUUCAAGAAGCUACUUCCAAUCGCCAGCUAUACGUCGAGAGUCUCCAGAGGAUCCCAGCCCCGCUUGUCACUCGUCGCCAGAGAGCGGUUCUCUUGGAUCUGAUGCAAAACGUUGUUUUACAGGAAGACAGUACGCCAGAAGUCACCGUGGGGUUGCUGUCCUUGAUGGCGAAGCUGGCCGACAUGCCCAAGUCCACAGCCGUUCUCACCAGCGACUGGGAACCGAUGUGGACCGUGGCUAAAGCCGUUUCCUUGCAAGGAAGUGACGUUGACCUUCAGAUCAUGAAAGCGUUCCGCAACCUACACCGAGCCGUCGUGACGAAACUGCUGGUCUUGUCCGAGGACGAUCGCCGCAAAAUCUUCAAGAAAAUGUAUCGGAAGGUAUCUUCCAAGGCGUCUAAGUUGCGAUCAAUCGAUCGCGACUCGAUGGACUGUUUCUUUAUCAGGAUAUCUCUGUCCCAACUCUGGCUUCACCGCAAGAGCCUUUCCGGCGUGUUUGACGAGGAAGAGCUGGCCAACUGUCGGCAAAAGGUGUUUGAACUUGUUGUCGCGGAGGUGAAGUCCGUCAAGGACAAGUGCAAGAAACAGAAACUGGAGGAGACUAUUACGCUGAUCAAGAUCCUCGACGCCUUGGAGGACUUUGAGGAUCUCGCUACCGAUCACACGGAGGUUGAAAAGUUUUUGUCCAAGAUCGAAAGCUACGUGGAAAAGUCCAUUGACUCUGGCUCCUCGCUACGACGACUGAUUAGGCGCCGCGUUCUCGCCGGCCGGGGAUCGGAGAAAAGCAUUACGCUCCCCGUCAUACAGUAUGCCGAGGCCCUUCCGCUGCGGCACAUGUAUGGCGAGGAACAACGUCUAUUUAUUCGGUCAACGAGUGCCAGAUUCCGAUCUUUGUCGUCGGACGAGCUUACUCGAGUGAUCCGCGAUAUCCGGGAGCUUGGAUUCCUCGGAGACAGUGCUGAAUACCACCUGCUUAUCUGCGGGUUAGCCGUGGCAUCUCUGGCACCCAUCGAAGACAAGGACAACGAUACGGCCAAGGAGCUGUCGCUCUUGUGCACCGCUGUGACGGAGUCGGUGUCGCGCAGCAAAUCGAUCGAGCAAUUCACCUUCGGCACCGAAUGCCUGGACAUUCUCUUGCGCAACCACACGCGCUGCAUCAGCCAAUGGAACAUCGAUAGCCUGUUGGCCUGCGUUGCGGUGUGCGCGUCCAAAGCUGGGCCGCGAAUCAAUCCCGAGUACUCGGCCACGAUUUACAUUCGACUGUGCCGCAUCAUGGGUGCUCUGCUGGGUAUUCAUCGCCAGAAGCUGGGAGGUCGAUUCCACCUAAUCCUUCCCGCGAUGCAGCGGCUGUUGAACUGCCUGUUUGCGCGGUCUCGCAAGCGAAGCCGAUCGAUGCUUUCCGAGAAGCGGCAGGCCGAACAGCCGUUCUGGCUGGCAUCCCUCGAUGCGGCACACGCGGUGCACUUUACGCGGUUGCUCACGUCCCUGUGCGAUCCCACGGUGUCGGCGGUGUCGCGACCAACGCAAUCGGGGGUCGGCUACGAGGGCCUGACGGACCAGACGAAGAAGGCCAAACGGAUUGCGGGGCAGUACCUGCAGUACCUGAUUAUGGAGUAUGCGCAGAGCUCCUUACGGGGGACGCUAGCGCCCGAGGUCAAGGCGGCGAUCAUGCCCGGCCUGUACUCGGUGCUGGACGUCAUGUCGCGCGAGACGAUGCGGGCGCUGAACGCGGGACUGGACGUGUCGGGACGGGCGGUGUUCAAGGGAUUGUACGAUGAUUAUAUGAAGUUUGGGAAGUGGAAUCAGGGGUAGAUAGAGAGGAGUAGUGGGGGGGGGGGUUGAUUUUAGCGCAUAAUACCACAUUGUUUCAGAAGAGA